UGCUACGUACACACCAGUCAAGCAGUUUGACGAACAUUGACUCCGCCCCCAAGAAAACGCUUCGGUUGCUGCUUUGUUUGAACGUGUGUGAAGUUGUUCGAACAACCAUUUGACAGUUGGCGGCUCGGUUGGAAAAAAUUAAAACAGUUUGAUUUUGGUUUGAGUUGUCGGGGGUGGAGUCAAGGUUCGCCGAACAUGUUUGAGCAUUUGUAGUGAAGUUGCACAAACCCCCAUAUAUUUUUUGAUGGUUGGUGCUCGAGUUGGUGCUUCGGUCGUUCGUGUGUGAUAUUGUUGGUCGAAUAAAUUGAUUGUUCGUGUCGCUGUUGGUAAAACUUGGUGGAUGUUUGAAUAAACGAGAGGUGGAGUCAAUGUUAGUCAAACUGCUUGACCGUGUGUACGUUCCAUUACCAAUUUGGACUUCAUCGAAGCAACUUGUGAUUUUAUUGUGUGCUAUAUCUUGAUCCCGAAUCUACCAUUUUACAUUGGACCCCGGACUUAAAAAGUGGCGACGAGGAAAAGGACUACGAUACGGAUACGAUUGGAUUUGGCUGCAAGGAUAAAAGGGAAAAGGAAAACGGACUUGGCUACGGAAUUGGACCUUGAAUAAAAAAAAAAAGAGAAAAAAGUUUGCCGGCCAUCAUUAAUUGUUUGGCGCCGGUGCCAGGUGAUUCAAUAGCAACAUAUUAUAUCAACCAGUGCGUGUGAAAUCGAUAAGGAUCAGCUGGAUUCCUGUUGGUCGUCAGUGGAAAACCGGACGGAACAUAUCGACCCCAGCGAGAGAACGUUUUUUGUGAACACGACCCGAAAACGUUAGUGCUCCGGCGUUUAUUGGCUGUAAUCAUCAAGGAGUAUUAUUGCACGAUUUCCGUGGAAGGGCCAUUUUGACUGUGGCAUUAUCGGCAUCGUUCGGAGCGGCAAUUUUAGGUGUAGAAAAUGGCCACCAUGGCGGUAACUAUCGAGCCAUACCGUAAAGGUUUCUCAUUCACAGACUGGAUUGAGCGUCUGGAGUAUUCAUUUGUUAUAAAUGAGAUUACCGAUCAAAACAAAAAAGCUUAUCUUAUUGCGUUAAGUGGACCUGUGAUUUUUUCGGAACUUCGGCUGCUAUAUCCUAGUGAAAAGCUAUCCGAGGUUUUGUAUUCAGACAUGGUUACUAAGUUAAAGGCGCGAUUAGACAAAACCGAAUCAGAUUUGGUUCAACGCAUGAAAUUCAAUUGCAGGAUGCAACAGCUUGACGAAUCGGCAGAAGAUUUUGUACUUUCAUUAAAGCUCCAAGCUGAAUUUUGUUCUUUUGGCGAGUUUAAGCAGGUGGCAAUAAGAGAUAGGAUUUUAGCAGGACUGAGAGAUGUUGCUCUCCGGCAACGCCUUUUAAAUGAAGAGAAUUUGACACUUCAAAGUGCCGAAAAACUUAUUGCCACUUGGGAAAUAGCCGGCGAGAAUGCAAGAAAUAUCGGUUGUGGUAAUACUUCUGGGUUAAUAGCUUCCCUUCGCAAUCAAAAUCUGAAUACAAAUGGAAGGAGUUUCAAUAAAUUAGCUAAGGUUUAUGACCUGGCCAACAAAUAUAACAAGCACGUUGAGUUUGAUGAAGAGGAACGGAGGCCGGUCAAGGCCAGAUUAGGUUACAGGCAGCAAAAUCGGGGACCGUUUGAUUAUAAAACUCGAAAUAAAAACUACACCAAUAAUUACCAAUCAAAGGAUCAACGCAAAGAGGAUGUUAGAAAACAUUCUAGAUAUAGUGACCAGAUUUGUGACUUCUGUGGUAUCAGGGGUCACAUAAAGCGUAAAUGUUUCAAACUAAGGCAGCUGGAGAAGGAAGCGGUAAAUCGGUUGGAUGCGUCGGAGCCGGAACCCAGUGUCGAUCGACACCUUAGCGAUUUGUUACAAAGGAUGAAUGCUAAAGACUCGGACAGUGAUAGCGACGAGGAUGGAGAUUCAAAUUGGAAGCGCGGUCCUUCUCGCUCAUCGCAGCCAGCUGAAGCCAUGUAAAAGUGUUGGGGGUAUGCCAAGUCCUAACAUUUUUGUACAACAACGACGCCAAAACAAUCAGCAGCAAGAGCGCGAGGAAGAAGGUGCAAUGCGUGGAGACGACGUGAACAUGCCUUGUUCGAGUAACGAGGGUUUGGUACCCGAAGUGGUCGGAGAAGGUUCGACUCAAGGGGUUCAGGGGAACCUUGCAAUGAAGACAGCAAAUCAACUCUCGCAUCAGUUAAGAAAAAGAAAACGGAACGAGUCGGCGUCGUUGUCGAAUUCUCCCUUGAGGAGGUCAAAGCGGAAAAAGUUUUUGAAAAUAGACAGUGAUUAUGUUUAUACUUAAAAGAAGGGCUCAGA